ACCAAUCCUGUUGGAUCCAUGGCCUCCUCAUGGGCAAACACUGUCCAAAAACCUCGUCCCAUUAAUACUGUAACGAACCCCCGUCGCCAGGCUGCUAAUGCCCGCAACUUUCAACCUGUUCUUGGCCCUCAAGGCUUUGAGUACCUUUACUUGACCCGUGCUAGACGCAUGGACCGUCCCGAAAUCCGUCGUAGCCUUCGUCGCUUAGGCUUGGACUCUGCCCGUAUCCUCGACGUUUCCUUUCCCGCUCGCGCUGUAGUUGGCUUGCUCAUGCAUGUCCAAUAUAUUCCGGUUGCCAAAGAAAUUUUGGCAAAACAUAAAGUCGUCCCCAUUGCCUCUUUUGACCCACAGGAUCCUGCCCACCUGGGUGAUCCCAAGUAUGCUGACCUUUCCGACACCGAAAAAGUCGCCCUGAUAACCAACCUGCACCGUACCCACUGUGAACGCACACUUCGUUUCCUUCGUCCCACUGUUGCCCUUCCACUCACCAGAGCUUUUUUUGAAGCUGGCUGGAUAAGUGAACAG